AUGAUUCCAACAAGUAUUGUGGUUUGCGGAGGUGGAAAUGGUUCUCAUGCUACUGUAGCAUCAGCAGGCCGUUUUGAAAACAUUUAAGUCAAUGUCUUUACCAGAAAGCCUCAAGAUUGGAAACAAGAAAUUGUAGGUUUGACUAAAGGAAGUCCAUGGGAAUCACUUGGAAAUUUUGUUGGAAAAAUUAAUAAAGUCUCUAAUAAUCCUUAAGAUUUUCCAGGAGCAAAAUUAUGGAUCAUAGGAGGACCAGCUCAUGUCCAUCAUGAAAUUUUGUAGAAAAUUGCUCCUUUUGUAACAAAGGAUUCGUUUGUGGGUACAUUGUAUGCUUAAGGUGGAUUUGAAUGGAUGUGCAGGAGCGUUUUUGGAGAUAGAAUCAGAACUGAUAACAUCACUUACUUUGGUCUUUAUAACAUCCCUUGGCUAUGCAAAAUUUUUAAAUAUGGAGAAUCUGUAAGAAUAAUUGGACCAAAAACUAAGCUUUAAUGCGCACUCUCAGAUUUAAGCAGAAAAGAAGAACUCUUUUUAUUAUUAGAAAAAAUGUUUUAAAUCCCUGUCCUAUAAGCACCCAACUUUUUGACUUUAACCCUAACUCCUAGCAAUCAAAUCAUUCAUCCUGCUAGAGUCUAUGCCGUAUUUAGAAAUUGGGAUGGAAAAUAAGUAUAUCAACCUAGUCAAGUACCCACAUUUUAUGAAGAUUUUGAUGAUUUUAGUGCCUACAUGCUCCAAAUAUUGGAUGAUGAAAUCUAAGCUAUCAAAAGAGAGAUUCUCAAAAGAUAUCCUCAUUUUAAUUUAGAUUUAAUUAUACCAAUUAAGGAAAGAAUUAUUUAAUAAUAUGGUGAUCAAGUUAAAGAUAAAACUAAUUUGAAAACCGUAUUCAGAACUAAUGCUGGAUAUGCUACUAUUUAAAUUCCUACUAAACCUGUUUAGGGAGGUGUGUAAUUAAAUACAGAAGCUAGAAUCUUUUGGGAAGACAUUCCUUAUGGAUUAUGCAUCCUUAAAGAUCUUUCAGAAAUGCUCGGUCUUUAAACUCCUGGAACUGAUAAAAUGAUUGAGUGGCACCAAAAGUUUAUGAAUAAGGAAUAUGUUCAAAAUUCAAAGAUUAAAUAGAAAUCUAUUAAAAGAAACAGGAGCCCCCUCUAAAUAUGGAUUGGAUACAUUAGAAAAAGUAUUAGGUAUUUAGGAGGUUUCCUCAUAAAAACCUAAAUUGUGAAGUUUAUAAGUAGUCUAUUAAUAAACACAAAUAUUAUAAUUUUAUUUUGGAAAAUAAAUUUUCUUUUUUCGUAAUUCAUAUUUAUCAGAUGGAAAUAAUGA